AUGAAUAUUUCUGAGUUGCAGCAGGAUUUGCAAACUUCUGAGACUCACACUAUUGGAGCGUUGGACAAUACGCACACAUUUUUGAAGGACAACGAAUUCAUUCACUCAGGAUAUCGCAUCAAUUUUAGCACAACCAAAAGAAUCCUCAAAAGUUUGUUCAUGUGCCAUAAUGAGUCAGUCAAUAUCUGAACUCACUUGAUUGGGCUUUUUGUAUUUUUAUUUCUCCUGUGGUACUCAAUUGAAUUUUUAGAUAUUGCUGAAAGUAUUGGCAUUCAAUUAAGCAGAGUUCAGCUUCUCCAAGUUUUAAGAGAAGCUUUUACCAGCAGUUGAUACUAUGGAUUAUCGACUUGGGAACUCCUGAGCAACAAAGUCCACGCCUUUGUGGGAGACUGGGAAAAGGAAGUCCUUUAUGCUAUCGAGACCCAGUCAGCUUUAUUGAACUCUAACGACAUAAAAGAAAUUAUUUCUCAAAAGAUCGAGGAAUAUCGACUUUUCGUAAUUCAAAAAAUUGAUAUGGGAGACUAUGUUUUCUUUGGACUGCAGAGCGAUUUUACAAAUCCUGAGCAUUAUUUAUCACGCUGGCCGAUUUAUGUGUUUGUGGUUUCAGCAAUGAUCUGCCUAUUCUGUUCUUCAUUUUACCAUUUAUUUUGUGCGCAUUCCUACAAGGUUUACAAAUUUUCGAGCACUUUGGACUAUGCAGGGAUUUCGAUUUUAAUUGCGGGGUCUUUUUAUCCUGUGAUUUAUUACAUUUACUACUGCCAUGAAGGUAAUUUAUAUUUAGAAUUAGUUAUCGCUUAUUUGGUUGGAAUAUCGGUAUGUGCUCUCGGGGUUUUUUUUUCAAGCUUUACUCCAUGCUUUAGUAAGCCGAAAUGGAGAUGGCUACGUGGGACUACAUUUUUGAUGUUGGGGCUUCUUGGAUUGAUUCCUUGCUUAAACUUAUUUUUUAUGUAAGGCAUAUUCAGACCUGAAGCGUUGGAUUUCGCGACUUCCUUAUUGUAUUAUAUGGGUAUGGCUUUAUGCUAUAUCAUUGGGGUGAUGAUUUAUAUUUUCAGAAUCCCUGAAAGAUUUUGUCCUGGCAAAUUGGACUUUAUCGGGAACUCGCAUAAUAUUUGGCACUGCUUCGUGCUUGCAGCUGCAAUAAUUCAUUAUCUUGGGUCUAUUGAUUCUUAUUAUACACGGCAGAAUUUAACUUGCUAA